AUGGGGGAAUGGCAUGAGGGUUCAUGGGAAUGGAAGCUGUGCUGGAACAGAAAUUUGUUAGAGAGGGAGCAGGUCAGAUUAAUUGAACUCCAAAGAUGUUUGGCUGGCUUUUCACCAAAGGUGGGGGUUCCAGAUAGAUGGAUAUGGAUUAAGGAGGGUUCUGGUACUUUUUCGGUAUCUUCUGCUUAUGAAUUUCUGUCUGGCUUCUCAGUUGGAUCCUACGAAGGCAUAUUCGAGUUACUAUGGGCCUCCAAGGCCCCGUCAAAUUCAAUAGCUUUAGCCUGGAAAGUGCUCAACAAGAUUCAGACGAAAGACGAACUAAGAAAAAGGAAUGCGCUUCCAGCUAUUGUUGAUGUUUCUUGCGUUGUGUGCUUAAAUGCAGAGGAAUCAAUCGCUCAUCUAUUUUUCAGUUGCCCGUCGAGCUGGUAUGUUUGGAGCGGAAUUUUACGAUGGAUUGGCUCAAUUGGGGUGCUGCCAUGUGAUGGAAAAUUUCAUUUUAUUCAGUUUUUGAACAAUUGUUCGGGGAAUAAAUUGUGGAAGAGAGUCCUUUCUCUGAUCUGGAUAGCUACGGUUGGAGUGAUUUGGAACACUCGUAAUGGUAUAAUAUUUAAUGAAGAGGAGGUUGAUUGGAAUAGGCUUCUUGAUUUAAUCCAAUACAAGGUGUGGUUAUGGAUAAAAGCAAAGGAUGUCAAUUUCAGCUAUUCCUUGAUCGAAUGGAUUUCAAAUCCUGUUUCUUGUGCUGAUGUCUUGUAA